AUGGGUUGCUGUUUGAGCAGUAGAAAAUCCUCAAGAAAAACCACCCAAUUCUCAUUAAAUGGACAGGAUUUGCCUCAAGCAACUGCAGGGAAACCCCGUGUCAAGGAAAGCGGUACUGACACAGCUCAUCCUCCUUCGAUUAAGGGAGAAGAAGCCCAUGCCGUCGAAGACAGUACUAGAGAAAGAUCCACUCCCUCUCCUACCCCUCCUCCCCAUGAGGAAGAAACUGUGAAGGAGGUCUUGUCAUCGGAGACACCCAUCUCCAAACCACUCACUCCUCCUGUGGUGGUAGAAGGGCACAAACCUGAUGUAGUUUAUGUUCCCCAUCAACAAGAAGAAGAAGAAGAAGAAGAAGAAAAGAGCGUUGAGGCCGAAAUUGUGCUCAGCAGAGCUGAAGGGGUUUCUCAAGUUUCUGAGAUCUACAGUGCGAGCGAGAGUCUCGAAUCGACGUCGCAGAGGGAGGACAACGAAGCUUCGAGUAAAGAUAAAGGUUACGACGGAGACGGCGAAAUCCACCGGAGGGUGGUGGCCAGGGCACAGCAGCCAAACGUCGCCACAAAAAGAACGUUUUCAGGGGAACUCGCCGCAGAAAAGGACAGGUCGGUCAGAUCUUCUCCGGCGGGGAGAGGGCCAGUAUCCUCGCCGGAAAACAGGAAUCGCAACGCAUCUCAGCAGGCGGCGAAGCAUCGGAGUGGGGGACCAGCAGGAGUUCGGCGGGGUGCCGGCGAUGGGUCCGCCCGGAGGUCAAGGUCUCCGUCCACACGUGCGGAAGGUGGGGCGUCACGCGCCGACAGGAAUAGGAGUGCAGCUGUGAAAACAGAGGGAAGAGCCAGUAGCCGGUCGUCGGACGGGGCCGAGGAGAGAAAUAGGAAGCUUGAGAAGUCGGAAGAGAGCGAUUUCCCGGCGGCGAACGAGACCCUCGAGAACCCUCAUGUUUCCUUGGAAUGCUUUAUCUUUCUGUAG